GCUCUGUACGAUCACGUACUACCUGCUUUUGAUGUCUUGGGAAAGAAAUCCUUUUUCUUGGGACAGGUCGGAAAUGGAGCUAAAAUGAAACUUGUUGUUAAUAUGGUAAUGGGCAGUAUGAUGAAUGCAUUUUCGGAAGGAAUUGUACUGGCUGACAAAAGUGGAUUGGACCCUCAUACCCUUCUUGAUGUGCUGGACCUUGGAGCCAUUGCUAAUCCAAUGUUCAAAAUGAAAGGACCUGCCAUGAUAAAACAUAGUUACCCACCCGCAUUCCCUCUGAAACACCAACAGAAGGACAUGAGGUUGGCUCUUGCACUCGGAGAUGAGAAUGCAGUGCCAAUGCCAGUUGCAGCUGCUGCAAAUGAGGCAUUCAAGAAGGCAAGGAGCUUAGGUUUGGGCGACCACGACUUUUCAGCUGUGUUCGAGACUGUUGGCAAGGGUGCUCAAAGUUCAACCUGAGUGUGUGCAACAAGAUGAGGCGUUCUAUCAUAGCAAUAAAAUCUUGAAGAUCAUCACUCAGUCCUUUUUUGCUCUCUAAAAUGAUUAAUCAGCAUAGAACUUGAAAAAAAAUGAAAUUGUAAUGGAACCUUCCUAUGAACUUUUCAAGUACUUGCACAUCUGAAAACAACUCCUUCAAAGUGCAAAAUUUGCAAACUUCACACUGCAUUCGGUUGAGCAGAGGCUUGAUAUAGAGCCACCAUUGGCAUAGAAGGUCAAGCGUCAUCUUGGGUUUGAAAGCAUGUAAGGUCUAGAGGGAAAAGGCAUAUUUUGUGGAGAAAAUUUGAAUACUAAACAUAAAAGAAGAAUCUGAAACCGAGAAAUGGGAAAUUUUGCUUACCACUACUUAAUGAAUUUAGAUGCUUUGAAUA